AUGGGUGCGACUAUAUCCACCUGUUGGGGAGCUAUGCCCCCCAUUGCAGAGCUAUUCCCUCCCACCCCAGCUGCCUAUAAAUCUAUUAUAUGCGGCUUCCAAUACUUCCCCCUGAUGACGGUAGCUCAAUGGAUUUUAUCCUGGCAUCCAGCGGGCAAAACCUCCACAGAGUCCAUCUUCAAUAUUCCAGGACGUAUCGCCUGGUCUGCCAUGGAGCUUAUCGGUCCUAUCAACCUGAUAUAUAGCAUGGUCACCCCAUCGCCAUAUGCACCCUCAUUCACUGAUCUCCCCACAUCCAACAUCCUCGUUGUCACUCUGUACUGCAUUCACUAUUUCAACCGCGCCAUCAUCUCUCCUUUCUUUUCCGCCCCCAGCAUGUCGCCAAUCCACGUCAUCAUCGUGUCCUUCGCCAUGCUCUUCAAUUGGUUCAACUCAGCCUGUCUGGCCGGCUGGUUGCGCGGAUAUACCGUGCCAACCAUCCCGAGUUUCCACACAGCUAGUAGUGGAAGUCCAUCUCCCCGCUCUGCAGUGGUAGAUCUCCUUCCCACCGUGGGCGUGAUCUUGUUUGCCGUCGGAAUGGCCGGCAAUAUCUACUCAGAGACAACACUAUUCCGACUGAGGCGUGAAGAAGCCGCAAAACGGGCUGUCAAAAAGUCAGACGACGAAAUUCCUGUGGGAAAUGAAGCACAGGGUGGCGGCAACAAGUUCCACAAGGUCUACGUCAUCCCACCUGCCAGUGGUGUCUUCCGAUACAUCUUGUAUCCGCACUACGUAUUCGAGUGGCUUGAGUGGAUUGGUUUUGCUCUCGUUGGUACAGCGGUCGCACCAUUCUCCGCCCUCCCUACUUCUGCCUCCUCGUCUUCCGUGGCCAUCACUCCCCCGCUGCGUCUUGCGCCUUGGUUGGUGCCUGCUGCGUGGGUGGCUGGAAAGCUUGCCAUACCACUGCCUUUGCCUGCGGUAGUGUUUGCUGCCAAUGCGAUUACGAAUAUGCUGCCCCAUGCGCGCUGGGGACGAAAGUGGUAUGUUGAGAAGUUCGGUGAGAAGGCUGUUGCAGGGAGGGGGGCUGUUCUCCCUGGGUGUACGUGGAUGUGA